AUGCUUCCCGGGAAAAAAUUAAAUCUUGAAAACCCAUCACUUAUUUCUCUCCUAGAAUCAUGCAAAUCCAUCAAACAAGCACUGCAAAUCCACGCUCAACUCAUCCUCAAAGGCCUCAACCACAACAUUUUCUCUUUGAGCAGACUGAUCUCCUUCUUUGCUCUCUCCAGUUCACGGGAUGCUCUUGAUCAUGCUCGACUUCUUCUCUCGCAAAUUGAUCGACCCAACUUGUUCAUCUGGAACACCGUGAUCAGAGGUUACUCUCGCAGCGAAUCCCCUCGUGAGGCCAUCGUUCUGUACAAGUCGAUGGUUGCUGAAGGCGUCGUCUCUCCGAACAACUUCACAUACCCCUUUUUAUUGAAUUCUUGUGCAAGGUUGUCCAGUGUUGAGUCAGGGCGAGGGAUUCAUUGUCACAUAAUAAAGAACGGGUUCGAGUCAGAUGUCUUUGUUAACAACUCUCUCAUCCAUUUGUAUUCAAGUUUCGGGUACCUGGAUUGUGCUCGUCUUCUAUUCAGCAAAAGUUGUCAGAGAGAUCGUGUUUCUUACAAUACAUUGAUCGGUGGCUAUGCUCGAGGGGGUCAGCCUGCUGAUGCAUUGGAUCUCUUUGGACAAAUGCGGAUUUCGGGUAUUGAUCCUGAUGAAUUCACUAUCGUUGCUUUAUUGUCUGUUUGUUCCACGUUGAACGAUCCGAAGACUGGGAAAAUUAUCCAUCUCUUGGUUGUCAAGAGUCUGGAUAUAUACGAGAACAACGUUUUAUUAACAAAUGCUCUUAUUGAUAUGUACGCGAAGUGUGGAAUGAUGGAUAUGGCAAAUACAGUGUUCAAUACAAUGGGGAGUAGGAAAAGCACUCCGGCGUGGAGUUCAAUGGUGUCUGGUUAUGCUAGGUGUGGAGAAAUUCUCACUGCUCGCCAACUUUUCGACCAGAUGGGUGACAGGGACUUGAUUUCUUGGACAGUCAUGAUUAGUGGUUAUUCUCAAUUAGGGUGGUAUAAUGAGGCAUUGGAACUUUUCGCAGAAAUGGAGGGUGUGGGCUUGAAACCAGAUGAAGUCACUUUGGUUGCUGUUCUUUCAGCCUGUGCCCAAUUAGGUGCUCUUGAGAUUGGCAGAAGGCUUCAUUAUCAAUACAUAGAAGAUAGGAUGCUUGAAAAAAAUGCAAUUCUUAGUACAGCCAUUGUAGACAUGUAUGCAAAAUGUGGAAGCAUAGAGCUUGCCCUUGAGAUUUUUCAAGGAACUCCUGCAAAAUCAAGGACCAUCUCUCUGUUCAACUCCAUGGUCAGUGGUCUUGCUCAGCAUGGACUUGGUAGGACUGCUAUGACAAUCUUUGGAGAAAUUGAGUCAGCUCAUUUAAGACCAGAUGUAGUUACCUUUGUCGGAGUUUUAUGUGCUUGCAGUCACGGGGGUCUAAUUGAAGAGGGUAAUAAAAUAUUUGAAUCCAUGUUAAAGGAUUAUGGAAUUAAGCCACAAAUUGAGCAUUAUGGUUGCAUGGUUGAUCUUCUGGGGCGAGGUGGACAUUUGAAGGAGGCCCAUGACUUUAUCCAGGGAAUGCCAUUUGAAGCAAACUCAGUAAUAUGGAGAGCUCUCUUGGGUGCUUGCAGAAUUCAUCAAAAUGUUGAAAUGAGUGAAAUUGCAGGUAAGAAACUCCUUGAGUUGGAUCCUGAUCAUGGGGCUCGUUAUGUUUUGUUGUCUAACAUGUUUGCUGAUGUAAACCAAUGGGAAGAAGCUAGAAGAGUGAGGAAACAGAUGGAAGAUAAGGGCAUCCAAAAACCAUCAGGUUGGAGCUAUAUAGAGUUUAAUGGCAGUAUACACCAGUUUUUGGCAAGUGACAGAUCACACCCUCAAGCCAAAGAGAUCAAGUUAAUGCUUGAGGAUAUGACCAGACGACUGAAGGCUGCUGGAUAUGUCCCUGAUACAACCCACGUGCCAUUUGAUAUAGAUGAGGAAGAGAAGGAAACUAUUGUUUCUUAUCACAGUGAGAAGUUAGCCUUAGCAUUUGGCUUGAUCAACUUUAGUCCUAAUAUGACUAUACGUAUAGUUAAGAACCUUCGAAUCUGUGGAGAUUGCCACUCAGCCUUUAAACUCCUUUCUGAAAUUUUCAUUAGAGAAAUAGUCGUGAGGGAUACAAUCAGGUUCCACCAUUUUAAGAAUGGAUCUUGUUCUUGUAUGGAUUAUUGGUGA